ACAGGGACUCUCCCCUCUCACUGAAAUAAGACAAAAAAAAAAAAAGAAAGCAAAAAAAAAUAUCUUUCUUCUGCUACAUUUCCAUCUCUUUUCUUCCCAUUUGCCAUUGACUCGAUUUUUUUCAGUUCAUAUUCAAUUUCCCAUUCUUGGUAAAGUGUUCUUUGAAACUAUUUCCCAAUCUUGGUUAAGAUUUUUUAUGAAAACCAUCUUCUAAUGGGUAACUGCUUCUCGAUCCAAAUAUCAUGUGAUUCUUUAAUUACUCGCUGCUGGGAUUGCUCUGCAGGACAUGUAAUAUACAUAUGCCAACUUGAAGAUAAUCUUGAAGCUUUGCAGGUUGCAACUCAAGAAUUAAAAGCACAGAAGAACGAUGUGAUGCAGAGAGUCAACAGUGAAGAAGAUCACCAAAUGAAGAGGCUUGAACAAGUUCAAGUCUGGCUUUCACUGGUGGAGACUACAAUAACUGAAGUUGAUCAAUUGAUUAGAGAUGGCCCACACGAAACCGAGAGAUUGUGUCUUGGUGGAUGUUGCACAAAUAACUGCAAGUCGAGUUAUAUUUUUGGUAAAAUGGUUGCUAAAAGAAAGGAUGAUGUCUUAGCUUUAAAGGGUAAAGGAAUUUUUGAUAAAGUAGUUGAAAGGGUGUGUGUAGAAUCUGUGCAUGUAAAGAAGCUUGAAGAGAAUCUUGAAUCCUUGAAGUCUGCAAGAGAAGAUUUAUGGGGAUUGAAGGAUGAUGUGAUGGGGAGGGUUAAAAUUGAGGAACGGCAGCAAAAGAAGCCAUUGAAACGGGUUCAAUUGUGGCUUUCAAGGGUGGAAGCUGCGACAAUUGAAGCUGAUGCUCUACUAAUUGAAGGUCCUAAAGAAAUUACGGAACUGCAUAUUCAAGGCAGUUCAGAUCAUAAAUUUGGGGGAAAAGUUGCUAAAACACUGAAAGAUUUGAUGGCAUUAAAGGAGAACGGAGAUUUUAAAAUAGUUGCUGAGAAAGCUAUCGUAGAAUCAGUAGUUGAAAGACCCAUUGAGCCAACAGUGGGUUUGGAUGCUAUGUUUGAUACGGUUUGGGGAUGUCUUAUGGAAGAACAAGUUGGAAUUCUUGGCCUAUACGGAAUGGGUGGGGUGGGCAAAACUACCCUUUUAACCCAAAUUAAUAACAGGUUCCUCAACAUAGUAAAUGAUUUUGAUUUUGUUAUUUGGGUUGUGGUUUCAAAAGAUUUGAGACUUGCUAAGGUUCAAGAAGAGAUAGGGAAAAGAAUAGGCAUUUCUGUUAAGGACUGGAAGAGCAAAAGCAUUGAUGAGAGAGCUAUGGAAAUCUUCAAUAUAUUGCGGAAAAAGAAGUUUAUUUUGUUAUUAGAUGAUGUGUGGGAGCGAGUUAAUCUUGCAAAAGCUGGAGUUCCUCUUCCAAACAAACAAAAUGGUUCAAAGAUAAUACUCACAACACGUUCUGAGGUAGUGUGUAGCCAAAUGGAUGCUCUUAGGAGGAUCAAAGUGGAACCUUUGGCAUGGGAGAAAGCUUGGGAAUUGUUCAAGGAGAAGGUUGGGGAAGAAACUCUCACUAUGGAUCCAGCUAUCCUACCUCUAGCUAAAGAUGUUGCAAGAGAGUGUGCUGGUUUGCCACUUGCACUCAUUACUAUUGCUCGUGCCAUGGCUUGUAAUAAGACACCAGAAGAAUGGAGAUGUGCUCUUAUUGACUUGCGAAGAUCUGCUUCAGACUUACAAGGCAUGACUGAUGAGGUAUUUCCUCUCUUGAAGUAUAGUUACGAUAAAUUGCCCAACAACAAAGUUAGAUCUUGUUUUUUGUACUGUGCCUUGUUUCCGGAAGAUUUUCAAAUUAAUAAGGAUGACUUGAUAGAUUAUUGGAUUUGUGAGAAAUUUUGGGAUGAUGAAGAGAAUGAAGAUGUUGCUCGUGAUAGGGGAUAUCAUAUAAUCGGUACUCUUGUUUAUGCAUGUUUACUAGAAGAAGAAGGAAAGUAUGUAAAGAUGCAUGAUGUGAUUCGGGACAUGGCUUUAUGGAUAGCAUGUAAGCGUGAAAAAUCAACGCAUAAUUUUUUGGUGCGGGUGGGUGCACAACUAACUGAAGCACCAAAAGUUAGAUUUUGGAAUGGGGUAAAAAGAAUAUCAUUAAUGGAAAACUCUAUUCAGAAUCUAUCAGAAGCACCUACAAGCCCUGAUCUUUUGACAUUGCUUCUUUGUCGUAAUUUUCAUUUGCGUGAUAUCACCAGCAACUUCUUCCAAUUUAUGGAUGCACUGACCAUUUUGGACCUGUCAAAUAGUAGUAUACAGGAACUUCCAUCUGGAAUUGCAAGGUUGCCUUCAUUAAAUUAUCUUAAUCUAGGUCGUACCAGCAUACGAAAAUUACCAUGUGAGCUGAAGAUGCUGAAAAAGCUAAAAUACUUGAACUUGGAGCAUAAUGUUUUUCUUGAUAUGAUCCCAAGGCAAGUUAUAUCUAGCUUGUCAUCUUUGCAAGUCCUGAAAAUGAUCCAUUGUGGCUUUUUCUAUGAAGUAACAGAAGAUAAUAUAUUGUCUGAUAGUGAUAUGCAUGUAGAAGAAUUGCACUGUUUGAAACAUCUUAAUGUAUUGAGCAUCACAAUGAGAUCCGCUUCUGCACUUGAGAGUUAUUUGAACACACAUGAGCUACUGAGUUCUACUCAAGCUCUGUCCCUUGAGUGUUUCAGUUGGUCAAAGUCAAAUUUUUCAUGGAUAGCAAAUAUGAAGAAUCUAGAGACACUCAAUAUCAGCGCAAUUGAGCAUUUGAAAGAGAUGAAUGUUGAUUCUAUUAUGGAAGGAACAGAAAUACAAGCAUCUAGAGUUAUGUCCAAUCCAAUGUUUGUAAGAGAGAGGUACUUUGAUAGCCUUCGAGAAGUGAAUGUGGAAUAUUGCUCUCGACUGUGGGACUUGAGAUGGCUUAUUCUGGCUCCAAAUUUGACAGUUCUAAAAGUUGCAUGCUGUGAAAAAGUGGAAGAAAUCAUCAGUGUUGGUAAAUUGGGUGGAGUUUCAGAUACUGGAGAAAAUGGAGAACCAUUUGCAAGACUUCAAGUUCUCAUAUUAGAGGAUCUACCGCAACUGCAGAGCAUAUAUGGGAUGACCUUGUCCUUCCCACUUCUAGAAAAGAUGAGGAUACUUGAUUGCCCAAUUCUUAAGAAGCUUCCACUCAACUCUGGUAGUGCAAACGGGCGCAAGGUUAUGAUUGAAGCUGAGGAACAUUGGUGGAGAGAUUUGGAAUGGGAGGAUGAAGAUACUAAAGCUGUCUUUCAACCCUGCUUAAGAAGGUGUUUUUCAAAUAAAAGAACAUAUUGCCCGCCAUAUUUCUUUGAUUUCUGGUAAUCAAGAUUUUGCUAUCUAUACAGGAAAAUAAUGUUCUUUUUUUCCCCUCUUCUAUUCAUUUGUUGAUAAAAUUCAAGUUUGUUUUUUUCCAAUCCUAGGUAUUGUUUUCUGUUGGUUAUUUGUGUUAUUGUAGGUCUAAAAAUUUGAACUGGAGUGGUAAUUUUUUUCAGGUUGUGUGUUGGAGAGUUAUUUUCAAUUUUUCUUGUGUAGCUUAUGUAAAGGGUGCUAAUGAUGCAAGCAGCUUGUAAUUUUGAGUUCUCUUUUGUAGAUGUUAUUUUGAAAUCCACAAGAGAAUAAAAAAGAACUAAAAUUUUUAUUUAGAUUCUAUAAUACAUAUUUGGAAUCUUGAAAA